GGUCCACAGAUUCUAGUUCUCUGCGCCCACCGUGCCACGCAGAGAAAGGGUUCCCAAACACGUUAAAAGAACACAAACCCCCUUCACACGUGCCGUACGCACGAGUGCCACCAGGAAUCCCAAGCCAUUUCUCUUUAUAAAUCUUCUAGAACGUUCUCGCAAUAUCGUCGUCCGAACCCGAUCUCUAACACCACACUGAGAUUUCCACCAAACCCGUUAUUUGUGAGAAAUGGCGACGAAGAGGAGCGUGGGAACAUUGAAGGAGGGUGAUUUGAAGGGGAAGAGGGUGUUUGUGAGGGUUGAUCUAAACGUUCCUUUGGAUGAUAACUUUAACAUCACCGAUGACACUAGAAUUCGUGCUGCUGUUCCCACUAUCAAGUACUUGACUGGUUAUGGUGCCAAAGUCAUCCUUUCUAGCCAUUUGGGUCGUCCAAAAGGUGUAACACCUAAGUACAGUUUGAAGCCUCUGGUGCCAAGGCUUUCUCAACUUCUUGGAAUUGAGGUUAAGAUGGCAAAUGACUGUAUUGGGGAGGAAGUUGAGAAGUUGGUUGCACAACUUCCAGAAGGUGGUGUUUUGCUUUUGGAGAAUGUGAGGUUUUACAAAGAGGAAGAGAAGAAUGACCCUGAAUUUGCUAAGAAGCUGGCUUCUCUUGCUGAUCUCUACGUGAAUGAUGCAUUUGGCACUGCCCACAGAGCUCAUGCAUCUACAGAAGGAGUGGCUAAAUACUUGAAGCCCUCUGUUGCAGGAUUCCUUAUGCAGAAGGAGCUUGAUUAUCUUGUUGGAGCUGUGGCUAACCCCAAGAGACCAUUUGCUGCUAUUGUUGGUGGGUCAAAGGUGUCUACCAAGAUUGGUGUUAUUGAAUCCUUGUUGGAGAAGGUUAAUGUUCUAUUGCUUGGUGGAGGGAUGAUCUAUACCUUUUACAAGGCUCAGGGUUAUUCAAUUGGGUCAUCUCUUGUGGAGGAAGAUAGGCUUGACCUUGCAACUACACUUCUCCAAAAGGCCAAGGCUAAAGGGGUUUCUCUAUUGCUUCCAACUGAUGUGGUCAUUGCAGACAAGUUUGCUGCUGAUGCUAACAGCAAGGUUGUGCAAGCAUCAAGCAUCCCAGAUGGAUGGAUGGGAUUGGAUAUUGGACCUGAUGCAAUUAAAACAUUUAGCGAAUCAUUGGAUUCAACUCAGACCAUCAUUUGGAAUGGACCAAUGGGUGUUUUUGAGUUUGAAAAGUUUGCAGCAGGAACUGAGGCUAUAGCGAAGAAACUGGCAGAGCUGAGUGGGAAGGGAGUAACCACAAUCAUUGGAGGAGGUGACUCUGUUGCUGCUGUUGAGAAGGCUGGACUGGCAGAGAAGAUGAGCCACAUCUCCACUGGUGGUGGUGCCAGUUUAGAGCUUCUUGAAGGGAAGCAACUCCCUGGUGUACUUGCUCUUGAUGAUGCAUGAGCUAACAUGAGGUGGCCCAUUCCUUUGUAGUUUGUGCCUUUUUAUUAUUAUUAUGGUUGGGUUUCAACCAACGUUGGAUUGAGGUACAUUUUGUAGAGGCUUAAUAUAGGAUAGGUUUCUAAAUAAGAGGUUUUUGUGGCAUCCAUUGAGCAAGUUGUUACUUGAACAAUGUUACUUUCAAAAGGAGUUUGCUUAUUUAGUUUUGUUCCUUUGGUUUUCUCGGCGACCAAUUAUCUUAUUAAUUUCCCAAGUGUUUUGAUUUGAUGGUUUCCUUAGUGGUUAAAGAAUCGGAGAAAUAUUAAUGUGCAAGUGUAUUCACUCGGCUAGACAUGAGUUACUUUUUAUACUUGUGUUACAAACCAAUAAAAUUGUAGUGUAAG